AAAAAAGAGAGAAAAAGCCACAGAUCCUGGCGUUGAUAGCGAUUGGUUAAUUUGUCGGUGAUACCAAUCAUCAUCUUCUUCUUCUUCGCAUCCAUUAUCACUCACUCUUCGUCACGGAUUGUGCUCGAAUCAUCAGAUCUUCCCCCUUUGAUUGGUUAAAAAAUUGUUUAAUGACGUUUUAGUUUAUCACUCGUGAAGCUUCUGUGACGUGGAUUGUUCUUCAUCUCUUCUAGAUUCAGAGAAUGGCGCUAAAACGAGGAGUUAAUCGGAUCAGAGGUGGUGGUGGUGGAUCUCGAUCUGCGUUUAUCCUCCUCGUUUUUUUCUGUGUCUUCGCGCCUCUGGUCUUCUUCGUUGGUCGUGGAGUGUACAUUGAUUCCUCUAACGAUUAUUCAAAUGGUUCAGUGAAGCAGGAUCUUGACUGGAGAGAACGUUUAGCUAUGAAAUCUCUUAGAUCUCUUUUCUCUAAAGAGGUAUUGGAUGUUAUCACAGCUAGCACAGCUGAUUUGGGUCCUUUUAGUCUUGAUUCUUUCAAGAAAAACAAUUUUUCUGCAUCGUGGCGGGAAGUAGACACCUCCGUUAGACACACUCAGAAUCAAACAACAUCUGGUGUCAUGAAUGCAAAACGUGACAUUACUUCAAAAGGUGGUAGCCAUCAGAAAGCUGAGACACCUGCAAAGUUCUACAGAAGGCAACUAAGAGAGAAAAGGCGUGAGAUGCGAGCAAAUGAGCUGGUCCAGCGCAACGAUGACACUAUUUUAAAGCUUGAAAAUGCAGCCAUCGAACGCUCCAAGUCUGUUGAUUCUGCAGUCCUUGGAAAAUACAGUAUUUGGAGAAGAGAAAAUGAGAAUGACAAUUCUGAUUCAAAUAUACGUUUGAUGAGGGAUCAAGUGAUCAUGGCUAGAGUCUAUUGUGGUAUUGCCAAACUCAAAAACAAGACUGAGUUGUUACAAGAACUCCAGGCCCGAAUCAAGGACAGCCAACGUGUUCUAGGUGAAGCAACAACCGAUGCUGAUCUUCCUCGUAGUGCACAUGAUAAACUCAGAGACAUGGGUCAAGCUUUGUCUAAAGCUAAGAUGCAGUUAUAUGACUGCAAGUUGGUUACUGGAAAGCUGAGAGCAAUGCUUCAAACCGCUGAUGAACAAGUCAGGAGCUUAAAGAAGCAGAGUACUUUUCUGGCUCAGUUAGCAGCAAAAACAAUUCCAAAUCCUAUCCACUGCCUAUCAAUGCGCUUGACCAUUGAUUACUAUCUUCUUUCUCCGGAGAAAAGAAAGUUCCCUCGCCGUGAAAACCGAGAAAACCCAAAUCUUUAUCACUACGCCCUCUUUUCUGACAAUGUAUUAGCUGCUUCAGUGGUUGUUAACUCAACCAUCAUGAAUGCAAAGGAUCCUUCCAAGCAUGUUUUUCACCUUGUGACAGAUAAACUCAACUUCGCAGCAAUGAACAUGUGGUUCCUCCUAAACCCACCAGGAAAAGCAACCAUACAUGUGGAAAACGUGGAUGAGUUCAAGUGGCUCAACUCAUCUUACUGCCCUGUUCUUCGUCAGCUCGAAUCUGCAGCGAUGAAAGAGUACUACUUCAAAGCAGACCAUCCCAGCUCAGGCUCUUCGAAUCUCAAAUACAGAAACCCAAAGUACCUGUCCAUGUUGAAUCACUUGAGAUUCUACCUCCCUGAGGUCUACCCCAAGCUGAACAAAAUCCUGUUCUUGGACGACGACAUCAUCGUCCAGAAAGACCUGACUCCACUCUGGGAAGUCAACUUGAACGGGAAAGUCAACGGUGCAGUCGAAACCUGCGGGGAGAGUUUCCACAGGUUCGACAAGUAUCUCAACUUCUCGAAUCCUCACAUCGCGAGAAACUUCAAUCCAAACGCUUGUGGAUGGGCUUAUGGGAUGAACAUGUUCGACCUCAAGGAGUGGAAGAAGAGAGACAUCACUGGUAUCUACCAUAAGUGGCAAAACAUGAAUGAGAACAGGACACUAUGGAAGCUAGGGACAUUACCACCAGGAUUAAUAACGUUUUACGGACUAACACAUCCUUUAGACAAGUCGUGGCACGUGUUGGGACUUGGUUACAACCCGAGUAUCGCUAAGAAGGACAUUCAGAACGCAGCAGUGGUUCACUAUAACGGGAACAUGAAACCAUGGUUGGAGUUAGCCAUGUCCAAGUAUCGACCGUAUUGGACCAAGUACAUCAAGUUUGAUCACCCUUAUCUUCGUAGAUGCAACCUUCAUGAAUAAACACAGUAAUCAGAUAUCUAUUAGAUUGAUUAAGGUAAUUACUCAGUAAUCUUAUGUUGUUUCUCCAUUGUCUUCCUCUUUAUUCUUACACAUUGUUAAUUGUUUAUUCAUAUCUUUGUUUAGUCAUUCUUUUCUUAUGUUUGGAUUAAGAACACUUUUGUUAUUCCGAAAUUUAUUCGAUAAUAUAUUAAUG